CCUAGUGCCCCGCGGGGGCUCCGGGUCAGGCGGGACCAUGUUCAGCAGCACCGGCUCCAGUGGGCUUUACAAGGCACCUCUAUCUAAGAGUCUUUUACUGGUCCCCAGUGCCCUAUCUCUUUUGCUGAUCCUUCUCCUACCACACUGUCAGAGAUUUUUCCUGUAUGACCUCCAAGCAGUCAAGGACAACUUUCAGAUUUGGAGGCUGAUAUGUGGAAGAAUAAUUUGCCUUGAUUUGAAAGAUACUUUCUGCAGUAGUCUGCUUAUUUAUAAUUUUAGGAUAUUUGAAAGAAGAUACGGAAGCAGAAAAUUCGCAUCCUUUUUGCUGGGUUCCUGGGUUUUGUCAGCGUUGGUUGACUUCAUCCUUGUUGAAGCUGUGUGGUAUUCCUUUGGUAUCACUACAUCCAGGAAUUUGCCUUCUGGAUUGAAAAGAAGGAAGAAUUUCCACAUUGAGGAAAGGAAUAUUUUAACAUUCCCUUUUAUAAGCCUGGCACCUGUGUUUGCUCUGUUUGUACCAUUUUACUGCUCCAUACCAAGAGUCCAAGUGGCACAUAUUCUGGGUCCGUUGUCCGUCACAAACAAGACAUUGAUUUAUAUAUUGGGACUACAGCUUUUCACCUCUGGUUCCUACAUCUGGAUUGUAGCCAUAAGUGGACUUAUUUCCGGUAUCUGUUACAACAGCAAAAUACUACAAGUUCAUCAGGUGCUGUACAUCCCUAGCUGGAUGGCAGAAUUCUUUUCUCGGACACUUGAACCCAUCUUCUCAUCUUCAGAACCCACCACCGAAGCCAGAGUCGGUAUGGGGGCCACAGUAGACAUCCAGAGGCAACAAAGAAUGGAGCUGCUUGAUCGGCAGCUGAUGCUCUCGCAGUUCGCACAAGUGAGGCGGCAAAGACAGCAGCAGGGAGGAAUGAUCAACUGGAAUCGUCUUUUCCCUCCUUUACGUCAGCGACAAAAUAUAAACUAUCAAGAUGGUCGGCGGUCCGAACCACAAGCAUCCCCUCCUCUAGAGGUUUCUGAGGAACAGGUUGCCCGGCUCAUGGAGAUGGGAUUUUCCAGAGGCGAUGCUUUGGAAGCCCUGAGAGCUUCAAAUAAUGACCUUAACGUGGCUACCAACAUCCUGCUGCAGCACUGACAGCCCCCGCAGGCAACACUGGGGCCAGCCACGCCGCUGACCACAGCGGGCUGGCCCUGCUGCCGCAUCAGCCCGAGAACCCUGCACUCUGGCUGGCCUUCUCGGUGUCCCUUGGGCAAAGAGCGGGUCCCGCUGCCCCCUCCCCAAUUCCAAGGUCGUUACUGUUCAGGUAUUGAAAAUAAGUUUUGAUACUCUCAAACAAGUUUGCCAUUAAAUUAGCAUGUAUUUUCUAUCUUUAUUUUUUUAUUGGUGUUUUCCUUAGUUUGGAGAACCAUCACUCGUUCCUAAUGUGUUUAAAAUGCAUUAAAAUUACAGCUCUCUGCAAGCAGUUGAAUGGCACUCUGGAUGGGAAAUUACUGCUAUUGUGAUAAUGUUCUUUCUGUAAUAAUGCAUCAUCCUACAUUAUAUCUCAUCAUAAAUGCCUUAAAAGGAGAUAGGAGAAUGCUAUUCAGAAAGGACAUGUCAGGUUAUCCCUUACGGACAUUUUUCAUAACUAUUUUUUUUCUUAAAUUUUCAAACCUCAUUGGCUGUUCAUUGUCCACACUUCCUAGGAGGUGAGCAGUACCUGUCUGCUGCCUGUAGUACUGGCCAGGCCUAGUUGAUGCAGGAGAAACAGAGAACUGAAUCCUACACUGUUCCAGCUCAUUCCUGUCCAGGGAAUUUUUCCCAGUUCCUUCUCUCCACUUCCAUUAAAAAGUGAUGAUCAAUCACCAGGCCUAGGUUCUGGAAUACUCCAUGAAACUUACUUGGAGUUAAUUUUGCUUAAAGUAUCCACAGUUAUCCACUCAGGUUAGGGGUGAGAAAUAGGACAAAGAGAAAACAGAACAGUGGGCAGGCUGAAGCAAUAGGGUCAGGUCUCCUGGCCCAGGGGUUGACCAGGAUUGGGCAUUAGGCAGAGUCGACCGCAGAGGAUGCCAUCACAGAGACAGUGGGGAAGGCCAGAGGUGGGUGAGCCAGCAAAGAGCUAAAGCAGGUGACUCUUGAGAUUUAAGGAAAUUGUACAACGAUUGUGUUCUGUGAAAUGAGCAGAAAUGUAUCAAAUUGAUGUAAAUUUGGACAUGUAUGAUACUUACAAUAAAGUUUUUAAUGUGCAUUA